AUCACAAUAACUUAGAUUUAUUUUCUCUCCACUAAACCUAAAGAAAAAUGGGGUUGUUCAACAUCUCAUUGUUACUCACUUGUCUCAUGGUAUUAGCCAUAUUUCACUCUUGUGAGGCCCAAAAUUCACCCCAAGACUAUCUUGCGGUUCAUAACGAUGCCCGUGCCCAAGUCGGAGUCGGGCCUAUGUCUUGGGAUGCCAACUUGGCAUCCCGAGCACAAAACUAUGCCAACUCAAGAGCUGGUGAUUGUAACUUGAUUCAUUCUGGUGCUGGGGAGAAUCUUGCCAAGGGUGGUGGUGACUUCACGGGGAGGGCAGCCGUGCAAUUGUGGGUGUCCGAGAGGCCAAGCUAUAACUACGCUACCAACCAAUGUGUUGGUGGAAAAAAGUGUAGACAUUAUACUCAAGUAGUCUGGCGCAACUCAGUCCGACUAGGUUGUGGUCGGGCACGUUGCAACAACGGAUGGUGGUUCAUUUCUUGCAACUAUGAUCCUGUAGGCAACUGGAUCGGACAACGUCCUUACUAAAAUGAUGUAUACUUAUGACAUGUUGCUAGUAUUAAAUAAAAUUCUCAUAUGAGACGUCGAGAAGUUAAAAUUUAAGUUUGACAUAUGAAUCAAGUCAAACUCCUAUCUAAAAUAUUAAGGGAUUAAAUAUUGAACAUCUAUAAUUAUUAUUAUUUCCCUUUUGAUGUUGCUAAUAUGAAUAAUUCCACAUACCAUAUGUUCAUAAUGGGCUUAAGUUGAUUAUUAAGUACUGCAUCUUCUUGUUUCCAUAAAACAUUAAUAUACAUAAAAUUUUAAUUAA